AUGGGGGAGGGGACCAGGAGGAGGCAGGAGGCGGCGGCGGCCCCCUCUGCGGCGUGGCCCUGCCCCUGCCUCCCCCCCGGGGCACCGAGCGAGAGGAGUUGGAUUUCUCGGGUGCACAGUCCGCGCCGAGCCCCGGAGCAGCCGGCUUCCCCGCCGCAGCGGCGGCGGCAGCGCAGCAGCAACAAGUCCUGGGAGCGGCUGCCGGGGCCGGGCCGGCGCUCUCACGGUAACCGGAGCUCCGCGGGCCCUGGCUGCGUGCGGUCAACAAGAGGCGGCGGCGGCGGCAUGUGGCCUCUUCCCCCCAUUCAUAAAUCCAGCGCAGGGCACGGAUGGCGGGCGGGGCGGAACGCGGCUUUCAGACAGGCUGGUGCUGCGCAGGGCGAGGCGGCAGAAGGAAAACAAGCGCGCCCGCUGGAGCGAGCCUCUGGUCCUGUGUCCACGGCUCGACAGCGGCGGGGAGCUGCGCUGGGCUGGGCGCUGCGGGGGCCGUGCCGGGGCGGGGGGGGGGCCUCAGACGGGGCGUCCUGCGCGGCGCCGAGCUUGGGGGGCGGGGCAGCUCCAGGGAACAGGGCUCUGGGCACUGGUGAAGGAGUCUCCCGGGUGGCGGCCGAGCAGCCAAGGACACCUGCAGGCUUCCUGGGCUGCGCCGAGCGAGAGCCUCAGCGCAGCGCCCCGGCGCCGGGCUCCUGCGAUCUGGCGGCGCUGGGAGCCACGCCAUCCACGCGUUUACCCAUCUCUGGGCGGGGCGCUGGCCUUGGCCCGCAGCAGGGGGCGGGCGAGAGGUGGCCUAGGGACUGGGAUUGCCUCCACGCAGUUGGGUUGCAGCUCCGAGGGCUCUCCGUCUCCCUCCGGCGUUGGCAGCGGACGCCACUCCGCUGGCGCCUUUUCCUCCCGGCCCCGCCUCGCUCGGGCGCGCCCUCCGCAGGGAGGGGUGGGCGGGGCGCGGCUCCGGGCCGACCUGGCUAG